AUGGCCCCAAGAAACCGCGUAAUCAUCGACACCGACCCUGGGUGUGACGAUGUUCUUGCCAUGCUACUUGCAUUUGCCACAAAGGCCGAAGACCUAGAAGUACUCCUUGUGUCAGUGACGCAUGGCAACGUUGACGUGAGAAGUUGUCUUCGCAACGUCGUCGCCAUCUUCCACGUGCUCGAAAAGGAAUUGAGAUGGAGAAAGGAGCAAGGCAGACCCCUCGGGUUCGAAGGCAUCACCAAGUAUAAGCCUCUUGUCGCCAUCGGGGCCGAUGCACCACUUCAAGAAACGACCGAGUCUGCAGACUACUUCCACGGCAUCGACGGGCUGGCCGGCAUACACGACAGCCAUCCUCACUUCUCGCCUGAAGAGGACUGGAAGAACUUGUUCGAGCAGCCCCCGCCCGACGACGAUUUAACCAAGCAAGCAAAGUCCAAAGCCGAAGUCAACGUGAACGAGCCGGCCAAAUCGUUCACGCCGAGUCUGUUGCCAUCCCACAAGGAGAUCCUCCGACUCUUGCGUGAGAACGAACCCAACACCAUCACGCUCAUCAGCGUAGGGCCACUGACCAACUUCGCGCUCGCCGCCGCCGAGGACCCCGAGACUUUUUUGCGAUGCAAGGAGGUCGUGACCAUGGGCGGCACGGUCGACGGCAUCGGCAACGUCACGCCCGUGGCCGAGUUCAACGUGUACGCGGACCCGUUCGCAGCGGCGCGCGUGUACGCACUCACGUCUCCCAAACCGAGCUCGACCAUGCCGAUUCCCAUCGAGGGCGAGCCGUCGCAGCACCUACCACCUUACCCUGCGCAGCUGUCUAAACAACUCCGACUGAUCCUCAUGAGCCUGGACAUUACCGAGUUCCACGCCCUCAGUCGACGGGACUUCAACGCCCGCGCGGUCGCGCUCGCGGAGCAAGGGAGCCCGCUGGCGCAGUGGAUGAUAGCCUUCAUGACGCCGAUGCUCGACAAGAUGGAGCGACUGCACACGGGUCACGAGGGCGACGGCGCCGCAUUGGCCCUGCACGACCCCUUGUGCAUCUGGUACGUGCUCACGCAGGACGAUGCGAGAUGGCGACCCAGCGCGCGCAGUCCCGAGGAUAUCAGGGUCGAGACGGCUGCGCAGUGGACGAGAGGCAUGACGGUCGGGGACAAACGGCCCCGGAAGCGAAGGGACAGUGACGGUGAAGUACCACACGAUAGGGGCAACUGGUUGGGAAACAAGUCCGGGAACAGAGUGUAUCGAAUGAUGGAAAGUCCAGGACGGGAUCUUGCUGCCAAGUAUUUGCUCGAUACUGUAUUAGGACCAGAGACUUGA